UUCAUGCGGGGAUGAUAUUGAGUCAUUGAAACUGCACAACCUGACAUUGAGGGUGGACGGGCUGCGGAUGGACAAGCCCUCGGUGGCAAUUACAGCAGCAGUGAAGAAGGCCAAGGAUGGGCUACCAGAGGCACGCUAUCACUGCAACAUGCUCCGGUUCUUGUGCCAUCAAAUGGAGAUGGUGGAAUGCCUGGUGCCUUGGUUGCCAAGAGAUGCUCCUCAGGAAAUUGUGGUCAUGUUGGAAGUUGAAAUGGAGAGAGGGUCAUCCCUGAUCAGGAGACAUGGAAGGCAAUUCGAUCUUCGUGGCUUUAGCAAGGUGGAUAUAGUCCUUCUCCAGGUGGAACAAAUGUGUGUAGUGUUCAGAGAAUGCCUCCUUGAUCUGGGCUUGGAAAAGGGCACAUUUAACAUUCAGACAGAAAUGGAUGCUAAUGCUGUGGAUGAAGAUAAACGCUACAAGUACUGGUAUCUGAACUGCAUCCUGGAAGGCAGAGAAAUAGACAGGGAAAUGCCAGAAGUACUUAGGGAGGAAUUGGAGGAACAGGUGCUUAAGCAGAGGCACAGGAUGGAGGUUGUCAUCAUGAUUCCAGAAGAGGAAAUUAAAAUAGAGGAGUCGAUUGCUGCAGGCGGGCAAGGUAUGGUAUACAAAGGGAUGUGGAGGGACAUCGCUGUUGCCGUCAAGAUGCUGGGGAAAGACCUGACACCAGAAUCCAGAGCUGAGCUCUUGAGCGAGGUCGAGCUUCACAUCCAGCUCAGUCACCCAAAUGUGGCUCGCUGCUUUGGUGCAACAGCCUCAAGACAUGACAUAGUUAUGGAGCUGGCUUCAACAGACUUGGAGAGGUUCUACUGGUCGCGCGGGAGCGAAUUCGACUGGCCAAUGAAGCUGCGCCUGAUGUUGAGUGCCGGCUCUGGUGUGCAGCAUCUGCACAAAUCAAGGAUGGUUCAUGGUGACAUCAAGACUGCCAAUUUUCUUGUGUUUCCUCCACCAGCUGGGGGGGACGUGGUCAUAAAAAUAUCCGAUUUUGGGUUGACUGCCACUGAGACCGAGACAAAAUCGAAGACUGCCUUUCCGAUGUGUGGCACAUUCGGGUGGCUGGCUCCAGAGCUCUACGAUGGAGCCCCACGGUCGUUCAGUUCCGAUGUUUUUUCCUUUGGACUGGUUCUUUUUGAGCUUGCAAGUUUGGCCCUGCCCUACAGAGGUCUUACCAAUCCCAUGGUGGUAAAUAGGAAAAGAGAUGGCAGGGCUCCAGUUCUCAUUCCACAUACAUGCCCUGAAGCACUGGUAGUGCUGAUGAUGCGCUGCAUUUCACCGGCUUCCUUUCACAGACCAACAAUGGAUGAAGUCUGCACGGAACUGGAAGAUGUUCUGCUGCAGGUGGAGAAAGUGACACUCUAUCUCCAGAAGUAG